AUGCCCUCGGCCGCCGAGAACCUGCCCGCCCCCGUGGCCGACAAGCUCCCCCGCCUGCCAGAGACCAAGGAGGAGCUCCGGGAGACCAAGGACGCCGCCAAGUCGGGGCUGUUGUCGCAGCUGCGCGCCCUGGCCGCCGGCGGCUUUGGCGGCAUCUGCGCCGUCGUCGUCGGCCACCCGUUCGACCUGGUCAAGGUGCGCCUGCAGACCGCCGAGCGCGGCGUCUACUCGUCGGCCGUCGACGUCGUGAGGAAGAGCGUUGCGCGGGACGGCCUGAGGAGGGGGCUGUACGCCGGCGUGAGCGCGCCGCUGGUGGGCGUCACGCCCAUGUUUGCCGUCUCCUUCUGGGGAUACGACAUCGGCAAGCAAAUCGUCUCGGCCACGUCCGCCGUCGGGCCCGAGGGCCUGUCCAUCGGGCAAAUCUCCACGGCCGGCUUCCUGUCCGCCGUGCCCAUGACGGCCAUCACCGCGCCCUUUGAGCGCGUCAAGGUCAUCCUCCAGGUGCAGGGCCAGAAGCAGCUCGCGCCCGGCGAGAAGCCCAAGUACAACGGCGGCCUCGACGUCGUCCGCCAGCUCUACCGCGAGGGCGGCGUGCGCAGCGUCUUCCGCGGCAGCGUGGCCACCCUGGCCCGCGACGGGCCCGGGUCCGCCGCCUACUUCGCCGCCUACGAGUACAUCAAGCGCGCGCUGAGCCCCAAGGAUGCCCUCACCGGCAAGCCCACGGGCGAGCUGAGCCUGACGGCCAUCACCUGCGCCGGUGCCGCCGCCGGCGUCGCCAUGUGGAUCCCCGUCUUCCCCGUCGACACCGUCAAGUCUCGCCUGCAGACGGCCGAGGGCAACGUCACGCUCGGCGGCGUCAUCCGCGAGCUGUACGGCAGGGGCGGCUUCAAGGCGUUCUUCCCGGGCUUCGGCCCUGCCCUGGCUCGUGCCGUGCCUGCCAAUGCUGCCACCUUCUUGGGCGUGGAGCUGGCCCACCAGGCGAUGAGGAAGGCUUUUGACUAA